ACUGCUGCUUCUUGUUCGUAUGCUUGUGAAGGUCUUGGUUCGUAACUGGUCAGUAACUCUAUAUAAACCCCUCCACACCAGAAAGACCUGUAUACUCUACUUUUCCCUUCACCAUAUGCAAAUGUCUUAAGAAACCUCCUCUCUCUAGCUUCUCUUUCUAAAAAGGAUUUCAUCGAAGAUGUGUGGAGGAGCAAUUCUCUCGGACUUUGUCCCCGCCUCCUGUUUCCGGAAGUCGAGUGGGAAGGAACUGUGGUCUGAACUUGACAAUGACCUCCUUGGCUUGGAUUCCGAUGUCGGCAAAGACCAAUCAAGCCAUUUCGAAAGCUUUAAUCUUGCUCCAAAACCAAUCAAGCCCAGCAAAGUGAAAACUGAGAAGCCAAGCCGAGUGGAGGCUACGGAGGGCAAAAAGCAGAGAACUCGUAAAAACGUUUACAGAGGCAUUCGGCAGAGGCCGUGGGGCAAGUGGGCGGCGGAGAUUAGAGACCCACAAAAAGGUACCCGAGUCUGGCUCGGCACCUUCGGCACAGCCCAAGAAGCCGCCCGAGCCUACGAUGAAGCCGCGAUUCGCAUCCGCGGAGACAAGGCCAAGCUCAAUUUCACCCACCCACAGCCUCAAUCUACAGCUGCCGUUCCGCCGGUCAAAAAGCGCUGCCUUCAACUUAUCAUGGACACGGAGUCCAGUCAGGCAUUUUACCAAACACUUACACCACAACCACAACCGUUACUCCCGCCACAGCCUUUCGUUGACUACGGGUUCGAGAAUUUCCUUCCCAGUGAGACCCAGCUGGAAGAGAAAAUGUCAAGCCUGGAAUCGUUGAUUUUGGGUCUGGACCAAGUCGAGUCCACGGCACCUGAGACUAGCUCAAACGAGUCGUUGGAGAAUCAGUGGAUGCUCGACAACGUCGAACAGCAUCAACUUCGUUUCCCGUUUUAAAAAAUAAUUAGUAUAUAUAUCAGAGCAUUAAUGCCCUUAACGAAGCUCUUUCAAUCCUGUUUAAGAUUCCCGUACUGUUUAUGUCCUUUUUAAUUUUGGAGUUUAUGUUAUUGUGAUAAGGUUGCAUGUGAUUGCAUACAUCAUGGUUUUUUUUU